UCCAUGGCCAGAUCUUGCUGUCACAUACCUGGAUGCGGAUGUCAUGGAGCAGGCCCAUCAAAAUCUUCAGCACCAGGCCCAUGAUCCUCUUAAUCCGGCCCUGAUCACUGGACCUAAUAUCUCCCCUAAAUCCAGCGGAUCUCUACUAUACAAUCCUUAAGAAACUAAAUUGAGCUUAUCUGAUCCCAACCGACUGUCAAUCGCUGCUCAGCUAUAUCUGUAGAGACUCUGUUAUCUGGACUGUUACUAUUACUACAUAUACAGAAAUUCUUCAGUAAAAGUUCCUGCAAGUUUUCCGUUAACAGUGGUUGUGGACAUCACCUAUUGCUCUUGGGAAGGGUGGCAAUAGGCCUAUCAAGAAUACAGCAUUUAACCCUCACCCUGGCGUCACUAGUGACAAGGGUUAACAGCGCCCUUAACUGUCCUGAACAGCAACACCCCAAAUACCCUACACUCCCCCAAGACAGUAUCCUCUAAUCCGCCACCACAACUCUAUUUGGCGUUGCACGAACAGGAUUCGGGUGUGUGCCUACUGCUGUUGCCACUAGUGAAGUUGUACUCCGCCCCCAGAAAGUAACGGACUUUAUUCAUGUGUCGCAAACCGCAUUAUAGUGUACAGGAGCGGUGCGUGUGGUGCAACUUGCAAGGGGGCCACGCGAAAAGUAAGGGGGGAGGCGAAGAUUUAUUUGCUGAAAUGUGUAAACUGCGAAACGAAUUCAUGCUACAUUCCUCUGGUCCGGUCAGCACGGGAGGAGUUAACCUGCUGCUGGAGAAGUGCGCAAAGAAGUCCCGCGCUGCGCCCCGCCCCGCCCCUGGGCGUGGCUGCCAAGUUGCUGUUUCGCAGCCAAAAGGGAACUUGGAGACACAGGAGUUGUUUCUGGGAGGACAGGAAGUGGGCUGCACCGAUGAUGUCCUUCCUGCUGGCUGCCAUUUUGGGGAAGCCCGCUAUAAAAGACACGACACAGAGCGACCUCUUCAGUCUGCACAGAGAGCUGGAGAGUACAGACAUGGUGGAGAGCAGCAUUCCACGUGGUGAGAACAGCACAAUGGCACCAAAACAGCGGAAAGUUGUGGCAGUCGCAGCCCGACUUUUCCAAGAACUUGCUGACCGUCUGCAGCGGUUGUCAUUAGAUGAAGAGGGGGCCUGCAAUCUUCCCCCACUGCCUGAUGAUGACAACGAUUGGCCAGACACAUCUCCAGCAGAGAGCGCAAGGACACCUGGAGGUGCAUCGCCGGUGAGAUUCUCCCCUCACCACAGAACUUGGGGCUCGUGGGCCGAGAUCCCAUCGGAGGAGUCUGCAGUGAGUACCCCGCCAGUGGUGGACUAUUCUUCCUCCUCCAGCCAUGAAGCUAAAAUACCUUUAUCUACUUUGCCAAGUGCACGAUCGUGCUCACCAGAUUUGCCCCAGUGGAUCUUUGGGGACGAGCCGGGACUUAUCAAGUAUAUGCACGCGGUUCUACAGCCUAUACCUGGGAAGCCACUCCCACCAAUUCCAGCCGCACAAAGGUAAAGGGCCCGUCAAGAAGCCGAGCUGGCUGAAUUGAUGGACAAGUUAAAGGCCCGACACAGAGAACUGUACGCCCCUAAGCAUGUGCAUUUGCCUCCUGAGGAAAGAAUUCCCUACCAGGAGAAUACUAAAGAAAUGGAAGCUUUAUUCAUCCGCAAAUGGGACCAUCCCCGAGAAGGGGAGGAGCCUCUAGAACGACGGAGAGCAAAUGUGGCCAAGUUCGACAAGGUCAGAGGUUAUGCGACACCCCUAGAUUGCCACACAGGGCAAACCAUCCUCGUAAACCGGUGAGCAGUACAGAGGUCAUAUCUUCAUAAAAAGUUCUACUCCCUGGAGGUGGGUGAAAUUGUGGAGUACACCCCCGUCCAGAGCCUGCGUGGAGAAUGGGCUGCAGCGGUCACAAGACUAACAGCCCCAACACAGCUUCCCUUCAAAUACUUUCCGUCUACAGAUUGGGAAUCGGAUCCCUUCAACUUGAGGCCGAAAUGGUCUGCUCCUGAUGCCUCCACCAACGUACUCAAGGAGGAGGAGCCUCUACAGCAUCAAUCAUCUUCUAUGUACAGUAAAGUUCCAAGUCCUGCUCAAGUUCAAUAAAGUAAGCCUAAAUUGCGGGCACCAAAGACCGUACCUAGACCCUCUCGGAGCAAUGAGAGUUUGUCUGUUCCAGAGGUACCAAGGUACGUACCUAGGCCCUCUCGGAGCAAUGAGAGUUUGCCUCCUGCACAGGUACCAACGUAUGUACCAAGGCCCUCUUCUGAUAUGGAGAGUUUUCCUGCUUCCAGGGCACCGACGAAAGUGUUUUUCCCCACUCCUGAUAUGGAGAUGGUGCUAAAACCCUAUGCACCAACUGUGCUCCCGGCCAGUAAGCCUUUGGUCACCCUCAAUUCUACUCUCACCAAUGUGGUGUGGGAGAGUUACAUUAACUCCUUGCCUGCUUUAGAUGUUGGGAGAUAUAGAGGUUCUACAAGAGGCACAAGGAGAUUCCGAAGAAAUGUCUUGUAAUGUUUAUUGCUUUUCUAUGCUAACCACUUUUGUUUUUCAGUAAAAAAAGUUCAAGACAUGUGCCUAGCAGGACGGUGCUAAAAUUGUUCCAGUUUCAAGUUCAGCAACGUAACCAUCAAGCUUUUGUGCCUGACCAUCAGGUCAAGAGACUCCUAGCCAGUAGGAGAUUCAUACGUUUUGUCCCAGGUUGAAUUGGGACAACCGUAAAACAUAGACUCCUAGUGUAGGUGGACUGCAGAUCCUUACACGUCCAUUUUGUGUACAUAACCCUAUAUUUAUAGGACUCUCUUGCUGAGAUUUGCACUUAUCAGGUGUAUGCGCCUGAACCUUGUUGGAGUGGUAAUAAAUU